UUAAUUAGUGAUUCAUUUUCUAAAAUUUAUUAAAAAAGUAAAAUGUUUGCACCACUUGAGGAUUCUAAAGAAAAGCUAUUAGAGAGAUUGGGUGACUGUGCCAGUUUGCCUUUGCAUCGCAUUGAUCUAAUCACACGGACUCUGCGAUGUCGUAAAAUUGAAAUCUUUGACUAUGAAGAGGAAUUGAGUUUCUCGGCCGAGGAAGAAGAGGGUGAGGGUUUGACAUUUAGCACAGAAGAUGCCACCGAUGAUGAGGAAAGAGCUCUGAGAUUGGUGCAAGAGAUUGAUUGCCUAAUACAUCGCAUUCAGCUUAUACAAUUGACGAUUAAAAAACGUCAAGAAGAACAAAAACAGAAAUCCGAAGAAGCUGAAGUCAAAGAAGUAGAACUAGAGGAGGAAUUGCCAAUACCUAGUAAACUAGCUCGAUGCCUCAGACAAAGGGAAAUGCUAGAGGAAAAUAAUAAUAAUGAAAUUGAGACAAAUCUGGUUGAAGAACCCAAGAGUAAGGUCAAUAACUUAAAGUUAAGUUGCCAAGAGCAAAAGGAAGUCAAUGAUCUAAUGCAUGCCCAUGAUCGUUUACAAUGCGAACUCGAUGAAAUGAUUUGCCGCUAUCAAAAUCUGCGUCACGUGUUCCAAGAAAUGCGCCUUCAACUUUCAACUUUGGAGAAAAAACUACGACAACUGCAAGAUCAUGCCAAAGACCAUAUCGAAUGGACUAAACAAGUGGCUGGAGAAUUAAAUGUCUGCUCUCAACGUUUCAAAUACUUGAACAAGGUUAAAUUAUCCAAGCAAAAUGCCGCACGGGUGAUCGCUAGUAAAGUGGCAUUUGCCUUUAAUCAGAAAAUGACAUAUUUGCAAGACAAUCAAUAUAAAUAUGACCUGAAAGACUAUAAUAAGGAAAUUGCCGAAAUGUGUUGCCACCUAGAGGAUUUGCGUAGCGAAAUUGAAUAUCGUUGUGAUAAACUCGAACGGAAUGCCACAAAACAAAGUAUACUCGAUUACGGAAUGCGUGGGAUGACAGCUGCUACAUUAUCGGCUGUGCAUGCAGCUUUACAUGAAAUGAGUGAACAGAGUUCGCAAUGGAGCAAAAAAAGUCCAUCCCAGGCAUCAUCCACAAAGAAAGAUGAAUCAUAGCAAAAAUAAAAAUGUAGUAAUAAAAAACCAGAAUAAGUAUUA